CAACAUUUCCUCAAAAUUCAGAUCAAGCGGCCACUGGACCAUGGUGUGUCGCCGAUGAACAGAUGCCGGACCAUGUGUUACAAGCAGCCUUCGAUUGGGCUUGUCAACAUAGAGGAGCAGCAUACUGUACCUUGUUUCUUGCCCAACACUCUUAAUGACCAUGCCUUUGUUGUCCUUAACAGUUAUUACCAGCACCAUAGGCAUGAAGGCAGCACUUGUUACUUCAACAGCGCUGCAGUGAUCACCCACACCGACACUAGGAAGCAACUUUAUCUAAACCCUGUUCUAUUUUAUCUAAACCAGAUCUUGAACCAUCACUGUCUGAUUAUCUAA